UUUGUUGUUUUGAGUCAUGAUCAUUUGGAAUGAAAAAUAUUUUGAUUUUGAUUUUUUUUUUCGUUCACAUUUCAAUCCACUAAGUUUAAAAUCAAAAAUCGAUCAUCUUGAAAUAAUAUUGAAAUUGAAAAAUAAUCAUGUCAUUUUUUCGUAAUCUAUUCGACACAUGUAUGUCAAUAUUUUUGAAAACAAUACCCGAACAAUCAUAUACAAUGGAAUUUGAUCCAAUAUCAAGCCGUUAUGAUGUACGUUUAAAAAAUGGUAACGAUUAUUCCAAUUGUCAUCGUUAUCGGCAACAUUGUGAUGCGUUUAUAGAAAAAUCUAAUAGUGAUAAUGAUAUUGCCUGUCUUAUGUUACGGCCAGUACAGCAACCUAAAUAUACGAUAUUAUUCAAUCAUGGUGGUACAGUGGAUUUGGGAAAAAUUUGUAAUUUUCUUUACACAUUAGCUAAACGUCUUGAAUGUAAUAUAUUUGUUUAUGAUUAUUCUGGUUAUGGACAAAGUACUGGCCGGCCAACAGAAAAAGUUGUUUAUGCUGAUGCUGAAACAGUUUGGUCAUUAUUGUUGAAUAAAUAUCGUUUACAACCACAACAGAUUAUAAUCUAUGGCCAAAGUCUUGGUACUGGACCAACAUUAUAUCUUGCUAGUAUGCAUCGUCAGGUUAAAGGUGUUAUACUACAUUCACCAUUUUUAUCCAUGGCUAAAUUAUAUAUGCCUGGACAAUCAUCGAAAAAAUGUCCAGAUUUUGAUGUUUUUCGAAAUAUCGAAAUGAUCGAACAGGUGGAAGCACCAGUGUUAUUCAUGCAUGGUAGCCGUGAUCGUGUUGUACCAAUAUCACAUGCAAAAAAAUUAUUUGAAAAAUGUUCAAAUCCUGUAAAUCCAUUAUGGAUUGAUGGUGGUGGCCAUGAUGAUCUUUUUACAUUUGAAUCAUAUGUAACAAGAUUGAAACGUUUCAUCAAUCAUGAUCUUCAUUUAUCAUCAUGAAUUUUUGGAUGGAAUGGAAUGGAUUUUUUUUUUGUAC